AUGUUGCGUCCCGUGCACGAGGCGUUGCUGCUGGGAGUUUUCCUGCCCUCCCUGCUUUAUUCCGCGAUGAUCUGCUUCUGGACGUAUGUCUACGAAUCCCGGCCGUUCCUGGUGUACGCCUUGACGACGUUUUUUCUCGUCUUCUGCAUCUUCCUCCGGUCUUUCAAGGCAGAGGGUUUCAUACGGAAAGAGAUGCUGCUGGAGCAGCCGGAGGGCGGGCCAAGCCUGGCCCCGUUUCAGUCGGUCAUGCGGAAUCGCGUCUGGUAAGUAUCAAGAAAGUCUUCUACUUUGGUACAAAUAGAACCGCUACUCCAAAAUUUGGAGUGGCGGUUCUCAAUCUCCUGCAAAAAUGCAUUCUGUAUCGCCAACAUUUGCCGAUCAGAUUUGACGUUAAACGUCAAAGAAAAAACUUCUUCGGACUAAAAUCAAAUCCUCUCCGCAGGUCCUUCUGGUGCCUGAUUUCCGUCUUUAUCGGUGCGUGGGGCGGACGGGUGAAUUUUCAAACGAACCGCUUACCGUAUGUGCAAACGAAGGAAGGCGGGACAUAUUACAACAUCGCGCCGUUUGACAAGACCGAAGACAAGACCGACGCGGGCAUCAUACAUUUCAACUCCAUGCUGACAACCAUGGAUGUGAACGUGUUCCGGGCUUAUAGGUACAUAAACAUAGUUGCAGUCGUGUUGAUGUAAGUAGUGAAGUCGAAGAUCGUCCCGUAUGUCAUAAACUUCGUAAAAAGUGGUGACCGAUGUUGACGAGAAACAAUUGCAUGUGCAUGAGUUCGUGUAAUAUUGUGUUUGAGAUCUAAUGAUUAAGUGGGUGCCGCAGCCACUUAGUACUACGUUCUGAAGAGAGGAGCCUGUCGCAAAGUAGAUUCUAAAUCCACAUGAACAUCAGGCACAAGGGCGUGAACUACUGCGUUGCACCGCUGACGUCACCCAAACAGCCAGGCGGCUCCGAGCACCUGCUUGCGCGGUAUUUCGCCGUAGGGACGGAUUGCUGCAGCGUCGACUUCGCGCCCUGUUUGCAAACCAACUCGGAUAAUUCGUUGACCGCAGCGAAUGUGAAUGAACCAACCGUCGCAAAAGCGGGGAUUGUGUUGCAGAAACCGGAUUUCUUCACCAUGGCUGGAGGUAUUUUGGAUUUUUCAGUCUUCAGCUCGGGUACAACUUUGUUCAUUUUUGCAUCACUGGCAAGACCACGCACACAUGAGGUGGCCACGACGUCUUCAAAAUGAACAUGGAAAGAAACUACAUUAAAAGAUACCUGGAAUUUCAUCACAUCAGAUUCCACCGCCAGCACCGUCCCUACCGCCACGACACCACUGUCUUACGCGUAUUCCAAGCAGCCCGAAAUAUCUAGCUUCACAGCCGAGCUUUCCCUUCUCCUCGAUGGGCAGAGCGCCGCGCAGACCGUGUUUUUCCAGAGCGCCGCAAAGUCCUGCGCCUCCUUUUUCGGGUUGCAAAUCGCGGAGAAGCCGAUUUUUGUGUUUUACACCUCGGACGCACAGAAAUUCCAGAAAACGCGGGACGGCAUGGUGUUCGGCAUGUGCGUUUUGGGAAUCGGGAUUGGGUUGCCGGUAAUUUUCCUUGGCGGGGUGGUGAUAACAAAUGUGUUGUCACGACGGGCGAGGUCCACCUCCGGGUGAGGAGACGGCGCAGGAGCAGGAGUUGGUAGAAGAUUUGCAGUGCUGGAACAAGCCCACUCGCUGGCACGUCCGUCGUGGCUCAGCAGCUCCAGUUUCUUCGGAUCAAAUGUCUGAGGACUUGAUCUUGCUUCUGGUUCAUCUGGUUGAAACCGAGGCAGGGACGACGGCGAACGCGUUGCUGCAGGUGCACGUGCGUCGCGUUGGAUUUUUUGGAUUUGGAUGACAACUUCAAACGGUCGUGCUGCGGACGUCUAAGUAGAACAUCUCCGGUGCGCUACUAGAACUCGCGGCAAAUGAUCGUCCUGGUCGUGCGACGGUUCACAUGAUUCACUUCAGAUUCAGUACUACACUCCCCGCGAAGAGCUCAGUGGCGGCUCCCACAUCCCGUUACCACCUCGUCCACUUUCGCUUUCUGUUUUGACGUGCAAGGCCCUCUGUCAUGCAGGCUGCCAUUCUGAUUGUAUUUCUAUCAAAUCCUAAUCCUUUGAUGCUGCUCGACUGGAAAGAAUCCCAGGACAAGUUAAAGCUGUAGAGAAACAACGACCACGUCGCUCGAAUCG